UUUAGACUUCUCAAUCCACAGAAUCCCACUUGGCAUAAACUAGUCUGACUGCAUGCACAGCCCAGCAAGCACAAGGCAAACUUAAAACUUAUAUAUAAUUACAAUGACACAAUCUAGUACAAAUUCCAGGGAUAGAUCCCUCUAAUAAAAUUCUCAAGAAUGGGCGUGCCAUGUACUGAUAUCAAGAAAAUGUUGUAAAAAGGAAAUGACUUGAGUUGGCAUGUUCUUGUUAGACCUAGGAUAUAAGUUUUAUUCUUCUUAGAUGUUAGUUCCUUUUGUAAGUUUGUCAGGUAGGAAGACUUAUCAAGACAAAAACUAUGGGUGUUACUAUUGUGAGGCUGGGAAUAUUGUUUAGUGCCCUUUCAACUACAUUGUCUGCUUCAAUCCCAGCGGAAGAGAAAACUUCAAAAUUCUGGAAUGACAAAAUGGCCUCUGAUAUUUCGAAAGCGCUAGAACUGAAGCCAAUUGAGCACAAAGCGAAGAAUCUGAUUCUCUUCCUGGGAGAUGGCAUGGGGAUACCCACAGUUACAGCGACUCGAAUUUUAAGUGGUCAGAUGGAAGAGAAACUGGGAGAAGAGACUGAACUGACGAUGGAUACUUUUCCUUACACCGCCUUAUCUAAGACAUAUAACAUAGAUCGACAAGUUCCUGACAGUGCAGGCACAGCAACAGCCUACCUAUGUGGAGUGAAGGGGAACUAUGGAACCAUUGGAUUAACUGCUGUCACUAAGAGGUCUAACUGUAGUACUCAAGCUGGUAAUGAGGUUGAGUCAGUACUCAAGAGAGCGAAGGCAGCAGGGAAGUCUGUGGGAAUUGUAACAACAACACGUGUCCAACAUGCCUCUCCAUCUGGAAAUUAUGCUCAUACUGCUGAUCGGGACUGGUAUUCUGAUGCCGACAUGCCUCAGGAAGCUCUGGAUUUAGGAUGCCAAGACAUUGCUAUUCAGCUGAUUUCUAACAUUGACAUAGAUGUGAUUCUAGGAGGCGGACGAAAAUACAUGACUCCUCAAGGAACCCAAGAUCCUGAAUACCCUAAUGAUUCUGCACAGAAUGGGCUUAGAAAAGAUGGAAGGAAUCUUAUAGAAGAAUGGCUCUCUAAACAUAAGGGCGCUCGAUAUGUGUGGAAUAAAGAGGAGCUGAAUCAGAUUAAUGAAUCCACUGCCACUUAUAUAAUGGGCCUUUUCGAACCAGGUGAUAUGAAAUAUGAAUUAAACCGUAAUGAUUCCUCUGACCCUUCUAUCGUGGAGCUGACAGAGAAAGCCAUUCGGAUCCUGGAGAAAAAUCCCAAUGGAUUCUACCUUUUUGUAGAAGGUGGUAAAAUCGAUCUUGCCCACCAUGAUGGUAAAGCCAAGUUGGCCCUGACGGAAGGUGUCUUGUUUGAUCAAGCAAUAAAAAGGGCUGGAGAACUGACAAAAGAAGAAGAUACAUUGACUGUGGUUACCGCUGACCAUUCCCAUGUUUUCAGCUUCGGCGGCUACACUUACAGGGGAAACAGCAUCUUUGGUCUGGCCCCCAAAAAAGCAAGCGAUAAGAAGCCUUAUACAUCCAUCUUGUAUGGUAAUGGUCCAGGCUUCUCCAUGACGGCAGAGGGGCGACCUGACAUUAAUGGUACCAUAAGUGAGGAAAACAACUAUAGGCCACAGGCUGCAGUACCAUUGUCUUCAGAAACUCAUGGAGGGGAAGAUGUUGCCAUAUUUUCCAAAGGUCCCAUGGCACACCUUUUCCAUGGUGUCCAUGAGCAAACUUAUAUAGCGCAUGUCAUGGCAUAUGCUGCAUGUUUGCCACCGUAUAGUGAGUGCCCACCGGAACGACCAAAGAAUAAAGGGCCCUAUGUGACUAUGAAGAAGGGCCUGCUCCUGGUGUCUGCUGUCUGGCUGCUAUAUUUUCCUCAGUGGAAUGUGUAAUAUCUAUCUAUGUUACACUACACCCAUGGUAAGGGUGAGGUUUUUCUCUUUUUAUCACAAGGACACUGGACUGUUAUAAACACCUUGAUGUCACUGCAGUAAAAACAAAGGAGACACAUUAUUUGCUAUCUAUGAACUAAAAAAAAAAAUCUACUUAAAAAAACAGAUGAGAUUAUCACUGGGGAAACAACAUAUCAAAAGUGAAAUGUAGACAUGAUCAUGAGUUCACAGUUCAGUA